AUGGCAGCAUACGUUCUCUACAAUUACACACCAUCUUUGGCAGUCGCUGUCAUUGCGCUGCUUUUGUUUCUUGGGGCUACGCUUGCCCAUAUCUUUCUCGCUAUUAAGCACCGACUGAAAUUUCUCAUCGCAUUCAUCAUUGGAGGCUUCUUCGAGAUUGUUGGUUACGCUGCUAGAGCAGUGAAUGCCCACCAAGCGCCAAACUAUGGAACAAUGCCGUAUGCCCUGCAGAGUGUUUUCAUAUUGCUCGCGCCAUCGCUUUUUGCGGCCUCUAUUUAUAUGGUCCUGGGUCGUCUUAUACGUCGGGUUGAUGGAGAUUCCAGAUCUCUCAUCCAGUCCACGAAAUUGACAAAGAUAUUUGUCGUUGGGGAUAUUUUAUCGUUUCUUGUUCAAAGCGGAGGCGGCGCCAUUCUUACCGGUGCAAAAUCUGCAAGCAAGAUGAAGCUCGGCGAAAACGUUAUCAUAGUUGGUCUUUUUGUCCAGAUCAUCUUCUUUGGAUUUUUCGUGGUUGUCUCAGUCAUUUUCCACAAAAGAAUCGUCGCCAAUCCUACUACAGAGUCGGCUACAUGCAGCGUCAACUGGAAGCGCUAUCUUUUUGUCCUCUAUUUUGCUAGUGCUAUGAUCAUGAUACGAUGCAUCUAUCGAGUCAUUGAGUACAUUCAGGGUCAAACUGGCAUACUCCAAAGUCACGAGUACUAUUCAUACAUGUUCGACGCCUUGUUGAUGUUUCAAGUGAUGAUUGUCUUCAUGAUCUUUCACCCAAGUCAGAUCAUCUUGCGUGAUACACCCAAACUAGACGAAGCUGAGUUGAUUUAUCAGCGACUGCAUGAGUGA